CCAUAAGUAGAGGCGCUGCUGGCGAUGGGCCAAGACUAACCCAAGCCACCGGGAGGGUCUCACCGUGCACGCCGGCCGCUGCCAGCCAUGGACACCUUCUUCCUCUCGCACGGCUCGCCGGCGAUCUGCAUCGACGAGAGGAUCCCGGCGCACGGCUUCUUCAAGUCGUGGCUGCCAGCGGCGGUGGCGGGCGCGCAGGCGCCGCACGCCGUCCUGGUGGUGUCGGCUCACUGGGAGACCGACACUCCGGCCGUCAACGUCGUCCGCGGCACCAACGACACCAUCCACGACCUGCAGGGCCUCCCCUCCGAGAUGUACAAGCUGAGGUACCCUGCGCCGGGCGCGCCGGACCUGGCCAUGAGGACCAAGGAGCUCCUGGAGGGCGCCGGGUUCGGGCCGGUGAGCGAGGAGCACGGCCGCGGGCUCGACCACGGCGCCUGGGUGCCGCUGAUGCUCGAUUCAUGCGCGCAUGCAUCUCUUCUCAACCAACGUACGUACGCUCCGUCCGUGAUGGACUCGACGCACGCACCCACGCGCUGGCCGGUCUGGUGGGACCCACCCACGACGCCACGUCCAUCGCUUUUCUAUCCUUUCUCUCGUCAAGCCAAAUCACUCUCCUCUCCUCUCCUCUCGUCAAGGUGAAGCCAAAUCACGCGUUCGUCCAUCUCUCAAUCUCAAGCCUGCCCCCGGCCGUGUGUUAGUCGCCUCGCCGCUGCUCUCCGGCGCCGGGAUGAAUCAAUCGCCGCCGUCGCGAUUUCUCCCAACCUCGUCCAUGAUUUGACGCUCGCCAACAACUUACAGAGCUUAGUCGCGCUCUCGACCGCACGGCCAACCCAACAAGCAGAGCAGGGCAGAGGAACCUUCCGCGCGCGCGUCGUCGUCUUCUCCGCCUCCGGCAUGGCUCCGCCGUGGAGCAAAAUCCGACUCCUCCUGCUCCAAAAGCCUACUUCCAUCCACACGCGGUCCAGUCUCACCCCCCGACCGCCGAAUCCACCCCGCCGCGCCUACAGACCUCCCUUCCUCGUCGCCGACCGACCGGCCAACAAAGCCGUCGCCGUCGAUUCCCACCGAAAGCAACAUCCUUUUCUCCGAUUCCAGGCCCACCCACACCUUGGGUCCUCGCUUCCGACUCCAAUUUCACCCGAGAGCCGAUAAGCACUCUCUCCUCCACCGCCUCCCUCCGCCCCGCCCGAACCCACAUUGUUGUACGUCGCUCGCCGUUGUCCAUGGUCUGGCCCCGGAGAAGACAGCAUAACGACCUCCCAAUUAGCUUGAGGCGUCCAGCGGAAUGAACGCGCCGGGAGUCGCCGCCGGCGCGCUCCUCUGUUCGCCCCUGCUGUGAUUGAUGGUGCCGCGUCUCACUGGCAGACGUCUUUCUCCUUUCCGGAGUAUACAAGUAGUACGUAUUCUGCCAGAUCAGACGGUUCACGUAAUAACAUAGGAGUAGGCCUUUUCUUAUUUAACUAAAUAAAGUUGCCCGUUGAUAUACUUGUUAGAACUGAUCCAAGACACACGAUGGAUCUUCCAAGAACCAAGCAAUCACACGAGCGCGUCAUCGAAAAUUUCUGAACGAGGUUCACAGCUACAUUUCCGGGCCUAACUACGGACGCUCCUCCCCGUAACACCGCUACAAUACCGCACGCCGGCCGCCGGCUCCUCCGUUUACCUGUGCUAUUAUGUUGACAUACAUACCGUACGACUCAUAAUCCAACUAUAGCCUUCCUUGUAAAAAGAUACUACCUCCGUCUGAGAAUACUUGUCAUCAAAAUGAAUAAAAGAGGAUGUAUCUAGACGCAUUUUAGUUUUAUAUACACCCCUUUUUAUCCAUUUUGAUGACAAGUAUUUUCGGACGAAGGGGGUACUCGACACGACUCUAACAAUAUUCUUCACAAGAACUAAAUCAUUCUUCUUCUUUUCUGCACGAAAAACUAAAUCUUGAUUCUUACAUUAUGGCACAUAGGGAGUACCAGAGGCAGGCGUCUCUCCAUAGUAUAAUACACUCUCCUCCCGUCAAUGGUAACCGACAUAUAACCUAUACAUAAAAAACGUCUUACAUUACGGGGCGGAGAGAGUACCUACCACACACACAGACCAUCAAAGCAAAAGAUGCAUGCAAAAGCAUCAUCGAACCAACUGCCUCCAUAUAGAUUGAUCACAGCUGUGUCUUGAACAUGGUGGCGUGCCCAAGGCGCUGGACGAUGUCGGCCACAGAAGUCGGCACCUUGGCCUGCGUGAUGUACAUGGUGACAGGGAAGUAGACGGUGAACAGUCAGAAGGCGGCGGCGCCAAGUAGGCCGAGAAUGGCGUUGAAGAAGGAAAACAUCAGCGACAUCACCAUGGUGGCGGCAACGAAUGCCGUGCGCAGCACCAGCUUGCACAUGGUCAACCGCGGCGCGCCCCGGCGGCCCAGCAGCCGCCCCACGAGCUCCCUGUGGAAGAAAGUCGCGUCCGGGUACCGGGUCCGGAGCCUCUUCUCGUAGCAGACGAACACGGGCUGCGCGUACACCUGGUAGGCGCCCUUUCUGCCGCCCUUUCCCACGAUUUCUACCGCUAAUUUCUCCCGCCCUUUGUCCAUAAGAUUUCCUCCAUCUUUUUCCAUCAAUGUCUCACACCCCUUUUCCCUGCUCAUUUCUCCCACCCUUGGUUCCCACUUUUUUUAUUUCAAACUAUAAGAACAUGAUACUAAAAUCCGAUCACAUGAAAUCAUGAGUAAUACAAUUUAAUGUGAGAUGGUAUGUUAAUAACUUUCCCCGACAAUGCAUAUUGGAUGUCAUCAAACAAAAUACAAAAGAGAACACUUCACUCUCUUUCAUGAACACGAACAUUAUAUGUAUAAAACAAUAUAUUCUUUUUUUGCGGGAAUAACACAAAAUAUCCAUGCAUGCACAAGAAAAUAUUUGAAAUGAGUAAAUUGCCUCUACCAUCAAUGAUGCACCGCCUUGAUACCCUAACCUACACUAGUGCAGAACCGACCUUUAGUGCCGGUUCGUGACGGCCUUUAGUGCCGGUUCGCCAACCGGCACUAAAGAGUGGGGACUAAAGCCCCCCCCCCCUUUAGUACCAGUUCGUCACGAACCGGCGCUAAAGUGCAAACACGUGGCACGAGCCAGGCCCGGGUGCGCGUAGGGCUUUAGU